CAAGUGCGUGAACAGAGAUUCCUGGAAGUCCUCCUAGUCAGACACAAGCCCAGAGCACUGCACAUGCCAGACUCCUCUGGAAAUCCAUGUGCAGAAGAUCCACCUAUGCUAAAAUCACGUCCCUUUCCAAGCACUGGGCGCUUGGCCAUUUGGGAACUGACACAAUGUCUGUUCAUUUCAAAGCACUCUGAGUCCACCGGGUACUGAAGGGCUGAGUUCUGCUGGGCAGAGCACUGCCAAAAAACACCAGCAAAUCAACUCCUGCUGAAAGGAGAUGGGGAGAGAGGCUUUUUCACAGAGAAGUUCACCCUCUAUAUCCAUGUUCUUCUUGUUCUAGUCACCUCAUCAAUACCAAAGAAAAGCUUUAAUGAAUACUUUUAAAAGGAUGGGUACUAUAUAGUAUAUGUAUACAGUAAUGUAUUUGUACAUUACACUUUGUACUCUACUCUGCAGUAUACAAAGCCUUUUAUAUCUCAUCUCAACACCAAAACAGUCCAACUGUUUUCGUGUGGUCAAGAACCAGUGUGUUUACUGCUCCUUUUGCCCCUGUUAAACCCAGCUGCUUUGUUUAAACCCUGGUUUUUGCUCAGUUUGGGUAAACAACUACCGAUGGUACCUUUGAAAAUGGGUAUUUUUAUGCAGUGUUUCCAAUGCUCCUUAAUGGCUACGUAUUUGAGAUCUACUGAAGCCUUGGCUCAUCCACCUGUGCUGAGACCACAAACACGCACUGCAAACGGGAGUUCGGGGAUCCUCUCCCAGCAUCACCUGCCGAACCACGGCGGGCAGAACCACCAGGCCGCCUCUCUCUGGGCAAGCUUCGACUAGCCGAAAAGUCCUGGAAAAGUCACCGGACAAAGCGAUUUCAGCCCAUACACUGAUGCUCCAAAGAGCAGAUGUCACAUCACCACACCUUGGUGACCCUCAGUGGAUUUUGGCUCAUGCUCACCAUCCCUUGAAGCUUUGUGCAUUCCAGCUCACCCACAGCCCAGAGGUUUGGCCCUGCUGUGCUCCAAGGUUUGAUUUGAUGCAGCAGGAAAGACAGGGAGCUGAAACCACACAAGUGCUGUUGGUGGGAUGACAGUGGUUAGCUGAUAAAAGAUUCAAGAGAAAAGAUACAAAAGAAGGAGGGGAAAAAAAAAAUCAACCAGAAAAUGUGAUGAUUAAUGGUGAGCAUCAGCCCAUACCAAUAAAUGUCAGAGACCAAGUUUCCCCAGCCUAUUAGAAACUUCCUGGCCAGCUAAAACUCAUCCAUUUUCUUAUCAGCAGAGAUAAACAAGUGAUGAAAAAUGUUGCUGGAUAUUUUCCAAGAAAUUUCUUUAAGCUUUUCCUCUUCUUCCAAAAUAUUCCAUGCUUGGGAAAGGAAUGAGUUUGAGGCUGUCCCAGUCAGACAGCCUUCUAUCUUUAAUAGAGACGUAAUCAUUUUUGCUUUAAAAGUUACAUGAGUCACAAAUCACCCCUGUCAUGUGAAGCCAGACUCAUCACAGUUAGGAGAAAAAAGGUGCCCCAAAUGAAGUUUGCCACAGAUAUCUGAAUUAUAAUACUGUUUGGAACUGAAAGACAACAAAAUUCCACCUUCCAGAGCAUGGAUUUCAGGGACUCAAAAUCCAACACUGUGGUGGUGACUGGUUUUGGUCCCUUCAGACAAUACCUGGUUAAUUCUAGCUGGGAAGCAGUGAAGGAACUGUCCAAGAGAGGCCUUGGUGAAAACAUCGAUCUCCAGAUCAUGCAGCUGCCAGUGGUUUACCAAAAAGCAAAGGAACAAGUCUGCAAGAUAUGGACAACUCUUCAGCCACUGCUUACAGUUCACGUUGGGCUGGCUUCAUCCGCCACAGCGCUCAUCAUCCUGGAGCAGUGUGGGAAGAACAAAGGCUACCAGGAGAGGGAUGCUUGUGGUUUUCACCCAGAAGGUGCCUGCUGCAUGCUAGAUGGCCCAGAAAAGAUUGAAUCUGCAAUUAAUAUGAAGUCUCUCUGGAAAAGCAUCUCAGUGGAAGGCAUUGAUAUCAUCCUUUCCAGAGAUGCGGGAAGGUACAUCUGUGAUUACACCUACUACACUUCUCUGUAUUAUGGCAAUGGAAGAGCUGCUUUCAUCCACGUCCCUCCAUUAUCUGAGCGGGAACCGCCUCGUGCAAAACUGCUCAAAUCUCAGCCAUGAAGGAUCCAAAAGCUCAGUGUCUCUGGAUGAAAAUGCUUUUGAUUUCAACCAAACAAUGGCAGUACUGACUCCUAUUAAGAGUAGCUCAAUUAGAUGCAGCCAGAAAGGGCAGAGGAAAACCAAAGCAGCUUUACUCUGAGUUUUCUAACCUGUACUUGCUUUGCAUAAGGAGCAACAAAAUCAGAAACAAGCAAAUGCAUACAGAAUUCUUUUAUUUAACUUAAAUCAUGUAGUACUGAAACUACUAGAAAAAAGCAGAGUAAGAGAAACUAAAGGAGCCUUAGCUUCAGCCAUUCAAAAUAGACAAAGUUUCUUCUUUUCAUAAUGUAAAGAAUCCCGAGUAUAUCGCAAUAACAGGAAUAAAUUCUUACAACAGAAUAUACAAAAACAUUUUGAAUUUUUUUUUUUUAUCUACUGAUUCAUUUUAAUAUAAACACAGGAAUUUCUUUAGGAAUAAUUUAUACACAGCAAGUCUUUUUAUGUAAUAAAUUGGCCAUGUUAUUGUUUAAUUUUCUCUUAAAAAAAUUUAAGCAAGAAAAAUUGGAAAAUGUAUUUGCAACUGCAUCCAUUCCUUAGCACUUUCUAGUUUUUUGUCCCAGAGGUAGACAAACUCUGGCCAAUCAUUUCAUCUCAAAACCUCACUGGUUCAGAAAACAGAAGAAGAGAAAGGUGUCCCUGUCCACAGCAGAGAGGUCGGAUCUUCAAGAUUU